GCACUGCCAUCAGCCGCAAACUCGGCGAACUGUUUAAGCUGCCGCCCUGGGCCAAGCGGCCAUUUGAACAUGCUGUAAAUCAUUCCAUUGACAUGACAGAUCCCAAAUCGCAGGAGUUAUACUUCUUUUCCAUAUCGUAGUUGAGGCCACGAGCAGAAGAUUCAUUCAUCAAUCAUGUUGGCUGUGAGAAAUAGAACAAAACUAAUAGUUGGCAUUGACUACGGUACAACAUAUUCAGGUCUCAGUUUUGCACUCUCCAAUGCCGCCGACUUCAAAGACAUUCACCCAUGGACAAAAUACCCCGGUUCAGCAACUCACAGCGCAGAACACUGCGCCAAAGCUCCAUCAUGGGUCGCUUUCAAAGAUGAAAAUCCCGAUCUCGACGAGAACGCAUGGGGCUAUCAAAUCGAACCCGGAAUGAAGACCUACGCAUGGACAAAGCUCCUCCUCGAUGAUCAAGCACUCGCGACAGAGUACGAUGAUCCGGAUCUUAACAAAGCCGCAGGAAACGGACUCAUGAGAUUACCAGCCGGCAGAACUGCCAAAGACGUGGUCACUGAGUAUCUCAAGGGGAUGAAUUCUAUGUAUAAAAAGGCUGUCGUUGAGAAGAUUGGGGAGGAUAAGCUUGAGGAUCUGCCUGUUGACUUUUGGUUAACUGUUCCUGCAACUUGGUCGGAGAGAGCGAAGCUUAUUACUAGGGCUGCGGCUCUGGAUGCUGGGUUUGCGUCCAGACCUAUUGAUCGUUUGAGUCUGAUCACUGAGCCGGAUGCUGCAGCACAUAUGGCUUUGAAGUCCAGCAUUCAUCAUGUCGAAGAUCUUAUUGAUGUCGGUACGGGUGUAAUGGUAUGUGAUCUUGGUGGUGGUACUGUUGAUAUCACGACAUCAGAAGUGGUCAGAAAGUCUCCGUCUCUGAAACUGAGAGAAAUUGCUAUCGGAGCAGGUGGUAAAUGCGGCGGGACAUUCGUAGACCGCAAUCUUUACAAGCUUCUCUCCGAACGCUUCGGUGCUCCAUUCACCAACCUUGGUCCACAGCACGUUGGGCCCGGUAGUCAAUUCAUGGACCAAUUCGAGAUGCGCAAACGAGACUUCAGCCUUGAUACACCGAGCAGGAAGUCUUACAGAAUCACCCUACCCAUGCGAAGUCUGGUGGUCACUCCAGAGAUGGAGAAGUACUACGAUCCUGAUUUCAACCAUGUGCUCUUGAGCAAAGAUGAUAUGAAGAGUCUUUUUGAUCCGGUGAUUGACAUUAUUCUCAAGCUUGUCAAAGAUCAGGUUGAUCAAGUCAAAAGAGACAAUGAGCCAAGAAUCAAGACGAUGUGUCUGGUCGGUGGUUUUGGUUCCUCGCCUUAUGUCAAGGAACGAUUGCUUGAGUGGUGCUCAGACCAAGAGAUACGGCUUACAACGCCGUGGACAGGCGCUUGGGCAGCUGUUGUUUGCGGUGCCGUCUUGCGAGGCGUCGAAGGUUCCAUGUCCAGACAGAAGAAAUGUCGUCGACACUAUGGACAUACGAUGUCUCGAACAUAUGAUCCAGCUGUGCAUUUCAGCUUUGAUGAGAACAAGCGAAGGCUUUGGAAUGACCCAUGGACAAAGGAGCAAAAUCUUUCUGGCUUCAUGAACUGGGAGAUCGCGAAGGGCGCUCUUCUGGACGACGACACCGAGAUCAGCACGAGUUUCUACUCACAUUUCUCAGAGUAUUUUGACGGAAAGCACACGCAUGAUCUUUAUUCGUGCAGUUUGGACGAGGCACCUGAGACUAUUGAGAACGAACGGAUUGAGAAAGUUGGCGAGGUAUUAUACACCAUCGAUGGUAUUGACAAGACUAAGAUCAAGUCCAUACAAGACGCCAAUGGUAUUCACUGGUAUCAGCUACUACUUACCCUUACCAUUCGCCUCAGUGACGAUGAGCUUUGCUGGGUUUGCUUUAAUUUACUUGGACUUGGUGACAUGCCGCUGGGCCUCAAAGGCUAUACGUACAAGACCGUCCCGUUCAAGUCUGGACCCAAUGGUGAUAUCAUUCUCGAUAUCGGAUACCCAGAGGAUGCCGAUGGUUCACCGGCAACUGUUCUGAUUCAUAUCCAUGGUGGAUUUCUCAUCGUCGGGGACAGAUAUAGUUUUCUCCCAUACUGGCUCCUCAGUGCUGCCACUGCUCGAAGCUGGAUCUUCGUGAGUCCUGAUUAUCGUCUUCUCCCAGAGUCUACCGCCCAUGCAUCUUUAGAUGACUCCAUCGAUGCAUACAACUGGGUGCGCUCGUCGCUGGCUGACGCAAUCGGACGUCCUAUUGGACCCGUCUUGCUGUCUGGUUCCAGCGCUGGUGGAUAUCUCGCAUUGGCAACUGCGAAUGAAGUUGAACAAAAGCCAGAUGCACUGUUACUUGUCUAUGGAAUGCUUGAUGCAGCGAAUCCGAGAUAUACGACUCCCGGGACGAAUAUCUGGGGAGCUCCGCCUUUCGACACAGCGUCGUUGUUGAGCAAGUUUCCAGCGACCCAGGCGAAUGACGAGAGAAAAGCCAUCUCUGGGUACCCUCCACUUAAGAACUUUCAACAAGACCCGCGCUUCCAAGUAAUCUCAGCUCUUCACAUCGAUGCCCUCUUCCCAGACUACAUGACUGGUAUUGAGGGCCUAAGUCGUGAGAUCGCCAAAACGGGCAUCGAUGCCAUCCCCGAAGAACACCGACGCUUGUUUCCCGUCUCAUUUGGAGAUCUCGCCAAGAUUCCUCGCACUUUUCUGAUUCACGGCGUCAACGACUCUGCUGUUACAGUGGACUGUAGUGUUCAGGCUGAGAAGAAGCUUCGUGAAGCAGGCGUUGAGGUGGUGAAGGACUUCCCGGAGAAUGCAGAACAUGGGUUCGAUAGUAGAAUUGGAAACAUCAAUGUUGAGAAGGCGGAUGCGGAUGGUAUUCCUAAUGUUGGGAGUUUGAGAAACGCCAUUCGCUUUCUUGACUCCUCUGUUAAGAACUAGACAUAACGAGGUACCUGGCUACGAGUAGACCAAUUAUAUAUUAAAUGAUUUAUAUUGGGCCCUCGUGCAUGG